AUGGUCUUAAAAGUAGCAUCUGUACUCUCGACCUCCUAUUCAGACAAUGAAUUUCGCGACGCAAUAUUCCUGGCCGAUGAGCGACUCUCAAGAGGCAGUGCUAAAACUAGACGCCUACUCCGACUAGAUCUCUUACGGGAAGCUAUUGAUUGUAAUGGCGAAAUUAUCGACGAAAUGGGCUGUGUUGUGGAGCGCUUGAAGCUUAUCCGUGGCGUGGUUGAAAAAGUGAAUACUCGCAUCGAAGCUAUCAAACGCCAAAUCGAUUUAGCACAUAAUCAAACCUCUCCUGCUCUGCGAGACAUGUCAUCUCUUUUCGAGCAACACAAGGAAAUAGAGAAGAAGCAGGAAACUCUCAGCGCUGUUGAAGGCUACUUCAUAUUGACAGAAGACGAAAUCGAUUUGCUGACUUCAACGUUGAGACCCGUUGACGAUGCCUUCUUCACCUGUCUCCAGAAAGCCAAAAGGAUCACCAUUGGCUGCGACAUACUCUUGGGUUUUGAAAGCCAAACCCUGGGCUUAGAAUUAAUCGAUCGAACAUCCGGCCAUUUAAAUUUAGCUUUCCAAAAACUCUACAAAUGGGUUCAGCAAGAGUUUAGGACGCUCAAUUUAGAAAACCCCCAUGUGAAUCCGUCCAUGCGGCAAGCGUUAAGAGUCCUUGCAGAACGACCUUCUCUUUUCCAGAACUGUCUUGACUUUUUUGUGGCGUCUAGAGAAAGAUUUUUAUCUGAGGCUUUUCACUGUGCUCUCACAGGCAUUACGCCACAGGGCACAGAAGAUACUUCCACCAGACCAAUUGAUUUAACGGCACAUGAUCCGCUCCGCUAUGUCGGUGAUAUGUUUGCUUGGGUUCAUUCUGCAACAGUGGGUGAGCGAGAAGCGCUUGAAACGCUAUUCACCAUAAAAAAGGAUGAUGCGCUUAAUACACCAAUGCCGAGCUCCAACGAAAACCUUUGGCAUUUUCCCUCAGAUGAAAUCUCAGUCGACACUGAUUCUAAGGUUCUUGAAGCUCUUAACCAAGUGAUGGACCGCAAUUUCUCACCGGUUGUUCGAAUACUGCGCCAGCGUGUUGAGCAAGCAGUCCAGUCAAACGAAGAUGUCAUCCCCGCCUAUAGAAUCUCCACGCUUCUCAGUUUCUAUCGGGCUACAUUUGAGAAGCUUUUAGGCGCGGGAUCCAGCCUGGAAGAAUGUUCGGGGGGGUUGGAGAAAGUAGCCAAGCGACAGUUUCGAUCACUUGUGAGAGAUAAUAUUUUAUCCAUUCAAGGUGAAUUUCAACAAGUUCCGUCAAACCUAGAACCCCCACGAUUCCUCCAAGAUGCUUUUAAACAGCUCAGUAUUAUUCUCCAAACUUAUGAGUCUUCUUUGUCUGUGUCCGCAGACCCUGGAAGUGAGGUUCAGAGUAUAUUAUCGCAAGCCUUUGAGCCAUAUAUGUCCGGCUGCGAGGAGAUAGCGAAGCCGAUGACGUAUCCUGAGAGUGGGAUAUUCAUUGUCAAUUGCAAACUCACGGCAGCUCUCUGCCUAGAAGGCUUCGAAUGCACGGACUUCCGAGCAAAACAAAUUCGAGAGAGCAUAUCAAAGGAUGUUGUUAACUUAAUUAACGACCAACAUGCUCUGUUUCGCCAGAAAUCAGGGUUAGAUACGCUCUUGAAUUGCCUAGAAGAUGGCGAACUCGCUUCAGUGGCACCAUCCUCUGUUAUCCAAGCCAGCCAGGAGUUGGAUGACUUCCUCCCCUCCGCAUUAAUGGAUGCAAUGGAUAGGCUGAAGGGGCUCCAGGAUUCAGAGAUCGCUCGUGAGACUAUAGAACAAGCUGCUGAAAAAUUCUGUACUGAUUUUGAGGGGUUGGAGGCGGCUGUUGCAACCCACUUUGAUGAUGUAACAAACACAGAGGUGGCUGUGAGGUUUUCAAGGACAUCGGCCGAAAUCCGUGUUCUCUUGUCUUGA